ACCUGUCUUCACUCGACAAACAUGCUCAAGUGGCCGUUUUGUUCGAUGUUCACCAGUAUCCACUCAUUCAACGAUCCUAGAUACAACCUGUACGUCAAAUGCAUGGGGCGGGUUACGGAUGGCAAGUGACGAAUCGUUUGUUCUCAACCAUGUCCAGAUAUCAGGAAGUGGGACUCUGCAUUCCAAAACUGCAUCGGGCCUGUCCAUUGAAAAGAAGGGAGGACUAGUUUCUGACGUGUUAAUCGAAAAUUGUACCGGGUCAGGUCUAGAAAUCUUCGGUCCCGGCUUCGAAACGUCUGUCAUCAACUCUGAGAUUCACCAAUGCCAGGCUGAUAAUGGUAUAGUCAUCUACGGGUCUCAAGGCAAUGUCUAUGUCAGCAGAGCCAGGAUCACAGACAAUAGCUUUAUCACGGGAAGUCUCUCCCUUUUUCCAUGGGAAGCAUACGUCGACAGAGAAAACUUUGCACACGUCAUUGGACUAUGUGACUCAGAGGAAGAUCUGUUCCUAACAGCCGGAGCUUACUUCGUGUACGAGACAAAAAAGACCGGGAACAGCCAAUGCGUGAAGCAUAUCCACGCGGGAACAGGAAAGGACAUACAUUUGCGAGUCAUUACAGCACGGUUGAAACAGAGUUCAUCCAAGUUACGUGUGUAUUCCGACAGAAACCAACAACAAUUAAUUGGGGAAGUAAACUAUCGGGAUCAUGACCGAAACAACAUAGUUUUCCAUUCGACCGAAGUAAUCAGUGUCAGCGUCCAGCUGCAGUCUUCUAGAGACGACGAGGACGUGUACUUGGAAGUCCAGAUCGAAAGUUCAUCAGCUGCUGCUAGGCGCACGAUUACAGACAGUGUAUUCAGCAACAACAAUGGCACAGUGGUAAACAUCACCACCCAGAGUGAAGCAGAAGUAGCAAUUUCGCGAAUACGUCUUACGGCAAACACCCCUCGAAACGGCGAAGAUUUACAAGCCAUUAUCUUCUUGAAUGCCAGUGAUAUCCACUGUACGAUCAAGAACAGCUACUUUUCUGACAACUCCAUGAAAGGAGUCUUAGCCAAAAAUUCGGGACGAAGCGAAUUUGCUCUUGUUCACAACGCGUUUGACACCAACAAUGGCCAUGGAUCCAUCCACCUUACAAACGAUGGCACAGGGGACUGCCAGGCUCAUAUUUCAGGAAACGACUUUGUAUCUAACGAUGCUUCGUCAGACUUCAGCGUCAUGACACUGGUGGACACAACAGGAAGUGUCAAGAAAAACAGUUUUCAGCGCAACACCGCACUGUACAUUGUGGACUGGCAAGUGGAUGAAAAUUUUCAUCAAAGUCAAAUACAGAUCUUUACUCACAACCGCCUGGAGCACAACAGCGGACAGAGGCCGGGGUACAAGCACACUGUCGCCGUGUCGGGCCCGGACGUCCACCUCAAUCAGAAUGUCCUAAAUAAUCCUGCCAACGAUGCAGAGCUCAUCGCUUUGAACACUGGCUCACUCGCCAGCGUAGAUGCCACAAACAAUUGGUGGGGUUUUGAUCAACCCACGGCAGUCGGAGAGAGAAUCCGAGACAGGAGAGACCGACCAGAGCUUCCAGAUGUCCUGUUCGAGCCGUUCCUUGAAGAGGAUCCCGAGAAAGGAGUCUGUCGCCAUUCCUGGUUUCAUGAGGAGCAGCUUGGAUACUGCUAUAAGUACAAGGGUGCAGCUCAGACAUUGAACGACGCCUGGGACUCAUGCAAGGAACAAUACGCACAGGUAGUCAUGAAGGCCUCCGAUAAGGAGCUGCAGAUGUUAAGUGCUGCGCUGAAGAAUCAAGUAGACGAUGCCAACUUCGCGCCAGAACCAUUUUGGAUGGAUCAGGAGCUCUCCAGCACAGAACAGGCAUGCUGGGUGUAUCGAGAAAAUGCAGGUGUUGGUGAUGACCUCGCGGCGCAGUGUGACUCCCUCUAUCCGUACUUCUGCAAACUGCCUGCUGUGCGCGGCUGCCCCAACGAUUGUUCCCAGCACGGUGCCUGCCAGGUUACCGGGACAGGGGCUGUGGCGACCUGCUACUGUGACAGGGGCUGGGACGGGGCGGACUGCUCCCAGCCGAACUGCCAGGAUCUAGACGAUUGCGGUGAAUUCGGCGUGUGUGUCGGGCCUAACGUCUGCAGGUGUAGGAACGGAUGGCAGGGUCGUGGAUGUACAGUAAGUUUCUGCAGUAGGUUCAGCACGUGUAAGUCGUGUGUCCGGUCCGUGGGCUGUGGGUGGUGUGACCAGACUCAGUCAUGUGAAUCUGGCUUGUACGGCGGACCUGACGUCAUCCCCUGUCCUACAUGGUUCUACCACAACUGUUUCACUGUCGGCAACAAGGGGCUCUGCUCGGGCCACAUAGAAGUUGUUGACUGUGAAUUUCGGCAGUGUAACUCGUCCUUGUCAACCACUACUGUUGAGUCCUGUCUGAGGUGCGAGGAUGUAGAGGGAUGCUUUAAGGACACGGAGAACGGUUACUGUAAAGUCUGGGACCAGAGCCGAUGUCCAAAGGGCUUUGUCUACCCUCUCUACAACGACACAACACGCAUUGAGAAGAUCCUGACCGCUCACAACGUGAAGUACGUCCCGUCAGACGGCGACCCUCUCUACCACUGCCGGGUCCGCUUCUCGUCCUGGGGCGCUACCCUGUUCAUCCAGGAGGGAGAGCUGGACGUGCAGCUCGGCCAGGUGCUGUCCAGUCCUCAGGCGGGAGGCGUGCUGCACAAGGUCGAGCAGGUGGUGACUGAAGGAGCCUACACCUUAGUCGCUGCGCAUCCUGCUACCCUGGAGGACAUGUUCAACUACGCGGACUUCAGCCAGAGGGUCCGGCUUGAGCCAGUCGUGGAUUUCAGCAGCAUAGAACAGGAACCGUCGCUUUCUGUCAUAAAGAGCGUCAUCCGAGGGAACGGAACGUUUCAAGGAGACAACACGCACGUCAUAAACCCUGAUGUCCAGGUUUACAAAUGUGUGGGACCCAGCGGCAGCCUGCGUCUGGUCUUCCGAGAGAGUGAUCCUAACCUACCGGUCAUCAACCCCGGGGAUGUCAUCGUGGGGAACCACAGUAACGGGAUGCUGGAGUUCGUGACCAAGAUUUCCAACACAGCCUUCGGUACCGUCAUCCACACAAACCUGGCAGACUGCUCAGGAGGAAUAUACAGUAUUCAGGAGGAGUUUGACACCGUGCCCCCUCCCCUGUCGUGCUCGGGCGGCCCCACAGGUGAGACCGGGUUGCUGAUUGCCGAGGCACGGGAUCUCCUGCUGCAGCCGGGCAAUACUAGUGUGGUGGUGGGCAGGAAAACCGGCAGGUUCGCCGCAAAGGUUCUGUCUAAACGUGUGAACUCUGGGUUCAUUGUCAUGGAAGCGGAGCCCAUAACGGCAGGCACCACAGAACUCCGAACAAGUCCAACAAGUGCCGGAAACAGUGCAAUGAGAUGGGACAUAGCUGCUGAAGAAGUCGUCGUUAUGGGCAGAUCCUUCCAACUCACAGCGAGCGUCAACGCCAGUUUCACCGCCGACAUCGGCCUGUCUGACACCCUGUCUAUGGUAGGGUACCGCAGGAGGACACUGGAGAAGGCUGAAGUCCAGUUUAUUGGAGGGAAUGUGGAGAUAGAACUGGCAGGCGAAGCUGAAGCAUUCCGAGGGUUCAGGUCUGCUUACCGUGAUAGCCUAUCGCUACAAACCAAUAAAGAGAAGGUGCGAGCCUGUAUCAUGGACGACGUCUGCAUCCCAGGAGAGAAGUGGGCAUCAGUCUCCCUGGAAUACGCUCUUGAUGCAUCAUCAGCUGGAACUGUGAAGAUGUCCGGGACGGUGAGCAAACCAGACAUCGACGCUUUCGCCGGAUGGAGUCCACAAGAUGGCAGCCAGUGGUUUCAGUUUGACCAGAAUGAGGAGGCGUCUUCCUCAAGAAUCUCCAUAACAUCGUACGAAGGUGGGGCGCAGGAAAGUGAUGAGUUCGUUGUCAUGGAGAUGGUGGCCACGCCCACCUUUUACCUGGACCUGCCUGUACGGGACGAAACCGAGGCAGACACGGCUACAGCAGGACUUCAGCAGCUGUUUGGUAAUGAGAAUGAAGACGUAUUUCCUUACCGCAUGACGGCGUCUGUUGAGGCGAAGGCUCUGUUGAGGACGUCCACAGAGACAUGCUCACAGGCAUGUCCACAUGCCGACCGACCACAACGGGUGGGGGUGACGUCACAGUUAGACUACCUGAAGGGACGGUUUGAGGUGGAUCUUUUCACUGUGGUCCACUCGGAAGAAAAGGAAUGGAGGGACGGAACGUGGAUGGACUCAGACCUGUAUUGUGCAGCCCAGACCACUGACAUCAACACCUGUGCAAAAGUUUGUCACUGUCCCGGCGGAGAGGCUUCCUUAUCACAUCCUGCCGACACCAGCGUCUGCCAAUGCCCCUGUACCUGCCCAGAUGGAACCGUCAGUUUCACGCAUCCGGACGGCCCAGGUGGAUGUAACUGUGAGCGGUGUCCGGAUGGGUCUAUGAAGGUUCCGGAUCCGGAAUCAGGCCGGCUCCGCUGCCCGUGUCUGUGUGCCGACAACAGUACCAGGGAGAUGGUACCGGGCGGUAAUGGGGAAUGUGACUGUUCCUGUGAAUGUGCGGACGGCAGCAGUGACGUCAUCGCGGCAGAUGGCAGGUGCCCCUGCAGCUGCAGCUGUAGGAACUGUCAGGAGUCCGUCCUGGGUCCGGACGGCUGUCUGUGUUCAGACAGCUGCCCUGACUGUGAGAAUGGAGAAGAGCCUGUGUGGGUGGGCUGUAGCUGUAAGUGUCCACAGAAGACUGAGUGCGGGGCUCCGCCUACAUGUGUGGUGGGCAGGAUGGGCGUGGACUGUAGGCAGCCUGACUGUAGACCUUGUCAAGACUGCAGUGGUAACGGCCGGUGCAUGUCAUCGGCUGACAGCUGUCAAUCAUCCUGUGUGUGUCACGCUCAGUGGUUUGGGGACUGUUGUGAGCUGAGGAUGCCGAGACCAGUAGGAGGAGAUCCACAUCUUGAGACUCUCGAUGGUUUUCCAUUUGACUAUCACGGCAUCGGAGAGUUCUGGGAUUGCCAAAGUCCAGAAAACGACUUCGGCGUGCAGACCCGCAUGUUCGCGUACAGCGGCGCCUCUCUGAUCGGGGCUGCUGCCGUGAAGACCGGACACAGCGUCGUGACCAUAACAACACCGGAACACGCGACUGAGAACGACCUGCCGAAUUUAAGGAUUGACGGCAGUCUCCAGCCCGUCAGCUCGGGACAGAAGUACGUUCUGAACAACGGCACGGUCCAUCUUCUGGUGGAGAUCCCGAGAACCAGAGGGUCUCAGUCCGGAGAGGUGGUACUGUUUUCAUUCACCUUUGAAUCAGGAGCAUCUGUCGCCUUUGACAUCCGGUUCUCCCCCAGUAUGGGUCGUCAGUACCUGAACAUCAUCUUCAGCCCGACUGCAGCCUUUAAGGAGAAGACGCAGGGACUGUGUGGAUACAUGGAUGGUGUCAAGGACAACGACUUCAGGGGACCGGACGGAACCUUGCAGGGGGAUGCGCUGUCAUUCGCUGAGUCAUGGCGCAUAAUCACCACGCACGGCGGUUCUGGCCUGCUGGGUUCCUGGUCCUGGGACUCUUCCAACUUCCACAUCGAUGACGUCAUGGAUGGAGCAUAUACCGACCCAAAUCACAAACCAACAUUAGGUUUGGCCGGACUCACACCGGAGCAACGAAAGGUGGCAGAAGAGACAUGCGCACAGCUCGGCCUGUCAGGUGUCCUUCUGGAAGAAUGCAUUUUUGAUGUCGCCAUUACAAACGACAGGACCUUCUCACAACAGGAAGUCUUCAAACUCGGGUGUCCUUCCCAGUGCUCCGGUAGAGGGCGCUGCGUGAACAGCACUUGUGAGUGCAUGCCGGGCUGGUCAGGUCCGGACUGUGACGUAGGCAACUGCACGGACUGUUCCGAAGAACACGGGAAGUGCGUCCUCGGGUUCUGCCAGUGCGAGCCGGGAUGGGAGGGAACAAGCUGCUCCCAACGCGCAACUUGCCAUGCAGUUAACAACUGUACCGAUGAGCAGCAUGGAUCCUGUGUGAAAACAAACGUAUGUGCGUGCGUCCCCGGAUAUAUAGGAUCGGACUGCAGCCAGGUCCCCACCUGUUACAAGACUGAUAACUGCACCUCCCGUGGCGUCUGUGUGGAUCACGACACGUGUCUGUGUGAGGAGGACUAUACAGGCGACAAAUGUGACAAGUUCUCCUGCAAGAACCUCGACAACUGCACAGGACAUGGGCUGUGCGUGGACAUUGACGUGUGCGCCUGUGACUGGGGCUGGGCCGGGAGCUCGUGCGCCUUGCCUGACUGCCCGUUGGUCAACCACUGCUCCCGCCAGGGAGACUGCAUCGCGCCCAACCUGUGCCGCUGUUACCCGGGGUAUGACGGGAAGGACUGCAGUCUCGUACAGACCUGUCCUGAGCUGAACAACUGCAGCGGGAACGGGAUUUGUGUGAAGAACGAGUCUUCAGGGGCACAUGUGUGCAGGUGCUUCAAGGGUUAUGACGAGGAUGAUUGCAGCAGACCUGACUGCUCCGGCCGGAACGACUGUUCAGGUCACGGCGUGUGUGUGGAGCCUCUGCUGUGUGAGUGUGACCAGGGGUACGGCGGCGUCAACUGUAGCGACUUCUCCUGCCAGAAAAACAACUACUGCUCAGGGCACGGAGAGUGCACUGACUAUGACGUCUGCACCUGUCACACGUCAUGGUCGGGAGAGGCGUGCACCAUCCCAGACUGCACUGCGGUCAGCAACUGUUCCAGCCGGGGAACGUGUCUCGCACCCGACACCUGCGUCUGCUACCCUGGGUACGAGGGAGACGGGUGUGAGAUGGAAAGCCCGCCAAAUAUCCACCGUCCCAACUUUACCCAAGACAUCUACAGGAUCCACGUCGUGGAGAAUACUCCAGUUGGAACGGUAGUGGCGACAGUGCGAGCGGCUGACAACGACACCGGCGUAAACGGCGAGGUGAAGUACAGAGCGGUUGAGCUCACCAACACUACAGCACUGACCUUGGUCCCCGGGACAGCAGACAUUGCCACAACAAUGGAGCUAGACUUUGAAGCCAUCGGAGUCAAAGAGUUCGAGUUGAUCGUUGAAGCCAUAGACGGGGGCGCGCCGACACUAACCGGAACGGCUACGGUUGUCAUGACGGUUACAGACGACAAUGACAACAUCCCUGCGCUGAGCAUAGCUGAAGAGUCCGAAGUACAUGUUGUGUUGAGCGCUCCUAUUGGACACGAAGUCAUCACCAUCAACGCAAGCGACCAUGACGCGUCUGCAUCGUUCUCUAACGUGACAUUUAGUCUUGCGUCAGCGAAUGAUUUCUUCGUCAUUGACGAAAGGAACGGACGCAUACAAGUACAACGUGCCUUGGAGAUAGGCACGUAUCCACUAGAGGUUGUGGCGAGUGAUGGCGGAUACCCAGCUAAAUCGCGAAGAGCGACAGUUCGAGCCGUUGUUACACAGAUAAGCGCCAACACUCCUCCUGUCUGCCAGCCACAAGACGGCCCCGCACAUCUCUAUGCAGGCUUCAGCAAACCCGGCGACGUCAUUACGACUGUGUCAGCACUGGACCGCGACACUGGAACAGCUGGCCAUCUCCAGUACAGCAUCAGUGAUAGGAAGGGUAACCUGUCAAGCGAGUUUCAGGUGAAUCCUAGCACAGGUGACCUUUACUUGACAACCUCACUGAACGAUUCUUCCAUCAACAUGUCCUUCGUGUCGCUGACCGUGCGAGCUGCGGACCUUGGCUCACCGCCAUUGGACUGCGACCUCCGGGUGAACGUUGUCAUCACGAACGACCCAUCGCCUCCAAUCAACGUCACGUUCCCGCCAGAAUGGUUCCCCACAGAGACGACAGUCGUUCCCCAUACAGACGACAGUCUGCUUACAACAACCCUCCAGGGUCUUAAUGCAACCGUCCAAGGUCUUAAUGCAACCGUCCAAGGCCUCAAUACAACAGCCCAAGAUCAGGCAGGCACUACCAUUGAGACAACUGAAGAAGUAACUGCAUCUACCACAAUUGGAGCAAUACCAGCCCAGCUGAGCUGGUACCAGCGGCCGGAGUACAUCGGCGCCAUAGCGGGAGGUGUCGCGGCUGUGGCACUUCUGACGGCUGUUCUCGUCUACGUCAUCAAGCGUAGGAAGACUAAAGUCGUACCGGAGGAGGAAGAAGAAGAACCCCGGGCGGAAACACCAGAUCUUGAGGAACGCCUAAAUCCGCCCCAAGCUUGGGUUUACAGGAACCGUGUCUUCCGGUCAUACCCCGCCGAACCAGUCUUGACAUAAUCAAGUGUUUUUGUCGAAUGUCAAGUGGGAUGUUAAGGCUUUUUUUUGCUUGGUCAGUUUUUCUUUUAGCAUUUCGUGUUUUAUGUAGCUAUGUGAAGUAGAAUAACGGCGCUCCGCGCAGGAGCUUGAAGUGUGUACUCAAAGCAUCUUAAACUUGCAAAUCAAAUCAAAUGUACUCGUAGCUGUUAGUGAAUUUCAUUACACUUUAUCUUCUUUGUAAUUAUUUCUUUUAUAUCAUAUGUAUGAUCAUUUAAGUACAUCAUACGUGCUUUGUUGGUGAGAAAGGACCUCAAUAUUAGCUUAUCCUAAAUGUAAAUGAAUGAAGAUAAAAAAAUUCAACAGAAUUUAUCCGUGGUUAGAAUUAUAAGACUUUCAUACUGUAUAAUUCUGUAAGGGCAUUCCUGAACUCGAGUAGAGAGUGUUGCAAUGAUGGUACAUGUAUGCCGAUCAGGAGGCAAAAGUGCUUAGGUGGUAAAGGGAGGGACAAAAUCGCAAAAUGGCUGGCAGAAUUUCAACGGAAUGGUCUUAUCAUCAGUUCUCGGGGUCUCCGUUGUGCUGACUGUAAACACGUGUUUGUUUGGUGUUAUCACACGUGCGGUUACACUAAUGUCACACGUCUCAGCUUCUAAAAUUCUCCUGAUUAAAUUGUAUGGAAAUUAUGUUUUGAUUGAUGAAUAGCUAUAUGAUAUCAUUAAGAAUGUCUAUGAAAUGUUUUUAUAUUCUAAAGCGCUUUAACUGCUUUAAUGU